AUGAGAAAAUUACGGGUUCUCACAGAAUUUGUGGUUGGAGAUCUAGUAUUUAUUAAGAUUACACCUCUAAAAGCAAGAUUGAUGUCUGGAAAAGGAAAAAAUUUACAACCGAGGUUUGUGGGAUCUUAUAAGGUUAUCCAACGCGUGGGAAACGUAGCGUAUAAGUUGAAACUGCCACCGAGUUUGUCUCAGAUUCAUAAUGUUUUCCACGUGUCCAUGCCUAAGAAAUACCAUCCAGACCCUUCUCAUAUCUUACAACCGGAAAGUAUUGAAAUUGAUGAGGCGCUGACCUAUGAGGAGAAACCAGUGAAACUUCUAGAUAGUAAGGUGAAAGAACUGAGGAACAAGUGGAUUCCAUUGGUAAAAGUUCUUUGGAGGAACCAUGGACUAGACGAGACAACCUGGGAAGUUGAAGAAGAAAUGUGA